AUUGGAAAAUAUAAGCCCAGGGCUUCUAUUAGUCCUCUCUCACAUCCUAACCUUUUAGCUAAUUCCAUAUGUUAAUUCUUUCAUUUAUUUUUCAGAGUUAUGAUAUAAAACUAGCACAAUAUCACGAUAACAUAAUUAGUGCCCAUGGUCAACGUAUCAAAGACGAAUUUCGACGUCAAAUACCUCAACCAAAGAAUGGAGCUCAAAUAGUUACAGAAGAACUUGAAGCAUUAAACCGAAGAUUUGCUCAACUUUCCUCUGUAAUAUUGGAAAGAAAGAAUAUUGUUAAUGUUUUAAUUCAAAAUUGGCGUCGAAAACAACAGGUGGACAAAUUAUUUUUAUUUGAGUUGUUAUUAAUGGUUAAUUAUGAGGUCUUAAAAAUAGAGUUAAAAAGGUAUUUUGGUAUUUACCUGAUCUGCUUCUCUUUACUUCAAUUAAAUAAUUAA